AAUUCCUCAAGUGAUAUGCUUUUUAACAUUGCGCAAAACAUUAAAUUGAGUCUAUAGACCCCCUUGAAACUACGGGAACGCAACGGCGACCACUGUAACUACCAUCUUCACCCAAAAGCACAUAUCCAAACCAAUCCAUCGUCUUCCGACGUCUGCCCUCGCACUGUAUCCCUCAUGGCAACUCCGGGUCGCACACCUCAAUCAAACCAGCUCCAAGCCGUCGUGAUGGAACUCGAGAAGUUGAAAAGUGCCGGGCUGCAGAAAGACGUUGAGUUGGAGAAGCUGAAAUCACAAGUAACAGUCUUGUUUACGAGCAUGAACUUGACGCGCGGGCAGCUGCGACUUGCGAGCGAUCGUGUCGAAUAUCUUGAGUCGUUACUUGGGGUAGAAACUUCUUCGAGUACAGGCACACGAAUGCAGUUGGGUGAGACGAAUGCCGCUAUGAUGGGAAUAGCGCAGAGUAGUCUUGCGGAAGCGGCACCAGGUGGUCGAUUGCCCAACAGAUCAGAGGAAGGUGGUGCUGCUGUCGGAACACCCGUUACGCAUUCUCCCCAAACGACGGACCUGCUAGAGCGAAGUACAAAGAGUAAGGAAGCUGCAAAGAGUAAACCAAUGAAGGAUUGUGUAAACCAUAUCUUGGCCCACCUCAUGGGCACAAAACUCGACAAAAAAAGCCUACCACCAUACCCUUCCAAUCCUGAUGAGACUUCUGAAGCGUGGCCUAAGGACGCUGCAACUAAUAAGCCUUAUAUGUGCUUUAACUGGGCAGAGGCUAGGGACGCACCUGUUAAUCGCAAGAACAUAGAUGUUGACCUCGCAACGGUACAAACACAGGGUGUCACUUUCGAUCCGCUUGUCGCGACGGAUCUUGCAAAUAUUACAGACCACGACUUACGCACUCGCAUCAAUGGAAAAUUUGACCGCAUGAGAGGCAAGUUUAACAGGUGUCCAGAUGCACAAACAAGACAGAGCCGCAAGCGCAGGGCACACGAGGUCGCAGGAGUAGCAUCAACCGAAGAGGGAGCUCCGAGUACAAAUCCAGAGGUAGGAGCAGGUGAUGGAGAUGAGCAUGGGAACAGCGAGCCUGGGAACACUACGAACAUUGAGCAAGCAGAGCCUGGGACGUGGAACGAGGCGAUAAGGAGGGCUGCGCGCAACUCACGUGUUCAGUUUAUUCUCGACCAACGCUUGCGCAAGAGACCAUUUGCCGGCCAGUAUACCGAUCCCAAAUACGACGCCGCAUUUACUUUGACUGCAAUGUCUGAAAAUGAGGACGACCCGACGCCAGAGCCAGGAUGUCCAAAGCAGUAUGUCUUGCGUGCCCCAGAUUGGCGCAGUGAGGAGCUGAGAACUUUGUAUACCACCAUAGAUGGGAUUGCCAAUCCUAACCCGGAUAAAGUCAAGUCGGCCACAAAUCGUAUUCGCGGUACUGAGAUUACAGACGCUGUGCCGCCUAAGACCAAGAGUGUGAAGAUUCGAGUUCGAGAGUGGAUGGUCAAGCCGGAGCUUAUUGAAAAGCAUCCUGAGUGGUUGACAAGUCGGCGUGUGGCAAAUAAUGGCAAGUUAUGGGGUGAAGAGACGGAUCCAGAAGAAGAACAGCUAAAGAAUGAAACGUUGGCACAAGCAGACAAAGAGCGAAGCAUCAAGAAAGUCCGUUUGUUGGAUAACAGCGACGUAGCGAGUAACGAGAGCAGGUUGAAGGAAUUGUUAGGUGACAAGAGCCUCGAGGAUUUCUUUCCAAGCUAGACAUUGGCGUUGACAUCGUGUUGCCUUCGCAUUUCUUGUUCGGCUUCUGCGAGCCAUCUGUCAUCGGGCUCGGAACCUGUCUUUCUUCCCUGUACUUAGUAGCAACAAUAGCAUGCACCUCGUCUGGUGAGAGGUCC